AUGAGCUACCCCUCUGCAGCCCUCCUGCUGGAUCCAAAGGCAUACAAGAGACAAAGUACAACCGGUAACUUUUCACCUUCCAAUCAUCAACCCAAACGCGGCUGUGCAAUGGAUGGUGACCAGGCAGUCAUAACUCGACACUUGAGCGAGCCACCCAUUUCGCAGCCUGUUGCGCCGCCUUCGAUCUCUCGAAAGCGGAAAGCGAUAGACGACUUUACUUUAUUCACAAUUUCAGAUACUUACACAUAUCUCAAAGGUCGAUCUACUUCAAGGAACAAUAGCAAGCCUUCUGAUUCCCAGGGACCCACCCCGGCUGGAGCUCCCCAAGGAACAUCAUUUGACCCGAAGCUCCUCCUCCAGCCUCGACAAUACAAAUUCCCCACGAGGCCUUUGCCGAACACAAACAAUGGUCAAGAUCCAAAUAGUUCAAGCCAUAGCCGUGAUGAAAUCAAGACACCUACGAACACAAACACUGCUGUGUUGGUGACCGAGAAUGAGCAGCUGGACUCAAACAAAUCGCCGGUGGCACACAGUAAUAUGAUCGAGGACAUAUACGGGGUUGAAAGACGAGAGAGCCAGCCACAGAAACGAGUCAAGAUUGAUAAAGGGCCUUCUACAAGCAGUAAUGGAGGGCCAGAAGCAAGGUUCUCGGCUACCGGCAGCUCAGCUCUUGGAAGCUAUAUGAAAGAAAAGCCGGAUGAUAUUAGUGCUACCGUCACUGCAAGCAAUCCAAUUGACCUCACUGCAGACAAAGAUGAUAAGAAUGAUGAUGAUGUCAUUUUUGUUGCCAACAAGGAGAAAGGUGCCGAAGAAGUGUGUUACGGUAAGGUUGAAGGUGCGACAGUACAUGCACAUAUGAUCCCGGCACUUCCCAAGUCUGCAUUUGGUGCGACAACAUCAAGUUGGCCUUCUAUCAGGUGUCAAUUAAUACGGACACGAAGUAACAAUGUUACAAUUGAUGUCCGCGAUGUGGCUGGAAAAUCCUUUGGAGUUAUAGAUAAACAUGUUUCCACAGCACUCGCACCUCUGCUUGAUAUGACCUUUGGCUUGAGAACGCAAGCGCGUCUUGAUGCUCGUCGGAGAAAGCCAGACGAACAACCGGGCCAGGCCUGCUCUGAGAUAUUCCGCAUCUCGAUAAAUUUAUACGGCCCGAGACGCGUCGCUGACACUAUCGGCCGUGUUUUAAGCCAGAAGAAUAUUUGGCUCGGGAUACCAAAUUCAGUUGAAGCUGGCAUUGCCACGUACAACCCUCAUGCUGAGAGACGCCGGUUAUUGGCAGCUACAGCACAGCAGCAGCAGCCACAACAGACUCCUAGGUACACUGUUCAAUCUGAAGUUCGCACAGCGGAAGAGAUCAGUAGCGCUGUUACCAAGAUGUUUGAUCAGCUCCAAAGUGCUCAGAACCUCCCUGAAACAGAGACCCCUGAGUUACUGAAGACUCAACUGCUUCCGCAUCAAAAGCAGGCACUCGGGUUCAUGGUGGAGAAAGAGAAAAUACGCAAAAUAAGCACAGACGAGGCGGAGAACAACUCACUCUGGAGAAUUGAACAAAAGGGAAAUGAUCAACGGGUCUAUCGUGAGAUUAUCAGCGGAGUAACUCUCGUGGCAGAACCACCCCAGGUACUUGGUGGUCUACUCGCAGACAUGAUGGGACUGGGAAAGACUCUGAGCAUUCUAUCCCUUGUAUGUUCAUCACUCCCUGAUGCAGCCGCCUGGGCAAGCCAAAAGUCUGCACAGCCGUCCUUGAUAAAUGCAAAGACUACCCUGCUGGUAUCUCCUCUCAGUGCAGUCGGCAAUUGGGUGAGUCAAAUAAAAGAGCAUGUUAAAGAUGAUGCUCUUUCAUUCUACGUUUUCCAUGGACCGAGUCGAACGGAGGAUCCCAGAGAAUUGGCCAAGUAUGACGUUGUCAUCACUACAUACACAACGAUUUUAAGUGACGUCUCCGGCAAAAGUUCUAAAAGAGGUACCAGCCCACUUGUGCGAAUGAACAUGUUCCGAAUCGUCCUAGACGAAGCACACAUUAUUCGAGAGCAAAACGCGGCUCAGAGCCAAGCUAUAUUUCAACUCAAUGCUCAGCGGAGAUGGUCUGUCACUGGAACUCCGAUUCAGAACAGACUUGAAGAUCUAGGAGCGGUGUUGAAGUUCUUGCGGCUGUCGCCAUACGAUGAACGAGGACGAUUUGCAGCGCAUAUUGUUUCACCGUUCAAAACCGAGAAUCCAAGCGCCAUCACAAAUUUGCGGGUGUUGGUUGAUUCAUUUACUCUUCGUAGAGUGAAGGAUCGUAUCAACUUGCCCCCUCGACAUGAUAAGACCGUGAUGUUGAAUUUUACCGAACAAGAGAGGAGGCUUCACGACUUCUUCAAGAAGGAAUCCAACGUCAUGAUGAAUGUUGUUGCUUCGGAAACCCGUGGAAAGGCUACUGGUAAAAUGUACCAUAUAGUCUUGAAAGCCAUGAUGGUACUACGGCAGAUCUGCGCACAUGGCAAAGAGUUACUGGACAAGGAAGAUCGAGAGCGAUUCCGAGGGCUUACAGCAAACGACGCUAUUGACAUAGAAGCGCUGGAUGAUGAUCACUCUACCACGGCCGCCAGCCGAAAGGCGUAUGAAAUGCUGUCUUUGAUGAAGGAGUCAUCGGCCGAUACCUGUGCUCGUUGUUCAAACUUCAUCACCCUGCAGUCUGAUGACAGCCCUGGUGAUAAAAAUGCAAUGGUAGCAGCCAUUCUUCCUUGCUACGACAUUUUGUGCGCCGACUGCUUUGCCCCCAUUGCGCCUAGACUGGAUGAAUUAGCCGGCAAACCUGUACAGGUAUCCUGCAGCUUUUGUAACUGCGUGAUAGCUCCAGCUUACUCCGUCAUCACUACGGCCGGGUUUGAAGAAUAUCAAGCCUCGCUACUUGAAAACAAGAAGAACCGCAAACAGACAAAAGAAUUCGGCCAAUACGAAGGCCCUCACACAAAGACAAAAGCUUUGAUUUCACGCCUCCUAGACACGGCUGAAGAUAACAAGAAAUCUUCCUGCCAGCCACCGAUCAAAAGUGUUAUAUUUUCUGCGUGGACAUCACAUCUUGAUCUGAUAGAAGUUGCUCUUGAGGAGAACAAACUGACGGGCUUCACCCGUCUAGACGGCACCAUGUCCCUGAAGCAGCGAAAUGCAUCUAUCGAAACCUUUUCGACGGACGAUAGUGUUACUAUUCUGCUGGUCACUAUUGGAGCUGGCGGAGUAGGCCUCAACCUGACUGCCGGCUCUAUAGUGUAUAUCAUGGAACCACAGUACAAUCCCGCCGCCAUUGCUCAGGCCGUUGACCGAGUUCAUCGAAUUGGACAGAAGAGAGAAGUCACCACCAUCCAAUUCAUAAUGAACGAUAGCAUUGAAGAGAAGAUCACCGAGCUGGCCAAGCGGAAGCAGAAACUUGCUGAUAUGAGCUUGAAUAGAAAGAUGGAUAGAAGGGAGCUACAAAAGGAGAGACUUGAAGAGUAUAGAAGUCUCUUCAAGUGA